GAGUUUUUUUUGCUUUGAUUCUCCCUCUAGAAAGAAAACCCUCGGCGGAAGAACAGUAGUAGAAGCGUGAUCAUCAUGUCGGCUAGCGGCGGCGGUAGUGGUGGCGCAGGAGAGGAAGAGAAGAAGCCUAACGAUCAGGCGGUUCAUAUCAAUCUGAAGGUUAAGGGUCAGGAUGGAAAUGAAGUGUUUUUCAGGAUCAAGCGUAACACACAGUUGCGCAAGCUCAUGAAUGCUUACUGUGACCGUCAGUCGGUUGACAUGAACUCAAUUGCAUUCUUAUUUGAUGGUCGCAGGCUUAAGGGAGAGCAAACUCCUGAUGAGCUGGAGAUGGAGGAGGGUGAUGAAAUCGAUGCAAUGCUACAUCAAACUGGAGGCAAUGAUGCAUGAUGCUGCUGCGCUUUUGUUCCUAAUUGUUAACUUGGUGGUUAUAUGGUUGUAGUUGGUUGUUAGGGUGAACGCUUUGGAGUGUUGGUUAUUACUCUCCCAUCUGCCUAAAUGGGGGAGUGUAUGGAUGUUAGUAGUUUUAGUUUUCAGUACUAGACGAUAGCUUCCAAAUAGUUUUCACUUUCCAUCUGCAAUUAUCAGAGUUUACUCUGAAUAUGUGUCUUGUAUCUCACUUUGCCUAAUUAUAUUUCAGACCUGUCGUAAUGAUGAAACAUCAACAUCUUACAAAUGCUGAAA